GGGGGGAAGGGGAAUGGUCGUUACUUUCGCAUACGUGCAGCAGAAACUACAACCACAGCAGUUCUCUCAGACGUGCAGUUCUAUACCGCAUUAACCAACAAUUAAUUGUGUGCACUUUGUUUCUAACACGGAUCCUUCUUUUCUGGUUCCUCUCUUUAAUCGCAACCAAUUCGAUUACCUUACUGCAUACACCACCCUGAUUGAUUCGUGGUUCAUCAUGACGCGCGCUCAGCAGACUCUCUCAGUUUUGCUGUUGGUCUCUUCGCUCUAUCUCGUCCUCUACCUGGGCCUCGUCCCCCUAAAUGAGACCGUUCAGCACGAAGUCAUCCCGGUCCUCCCCUUUUACGCCCUGAUAUCCUUCGGAUGCUACCUACUCGGCCGGUUGGGAGUGGCGAUCAUGACAUUCAACGAUGUCCCCGAAGCGCACGACGAGCUGCAGAAAGAGAUUGAGCUAGCCAAGGUUGAUUUGCGUCGGGGGAACAUCGACGUCGACUAAACGGUUUUUUGUUUUCUUGCUCGUUGCGCGGUCUGUUUGGACUGAGCUGGGUUGAGCAUAUAGGCUCGAUUUUUGUUCUUGCGUUAAUAUUCCGCGGGAUUCGGGCGUCGCUACUUGUUUGGGAGGGAGCCAAUUAAUUGACAAUGGAAACUAAUGAUGGUAUAGGAU